AAACAUUUGGUUCAAAAGUCAAGUCUUAGUCGUCUUUCGACAUCAUUUAGGAGUCAUUGAGAGCGAGUCUCUCAAAGAUCCGGAUCUACUGAUUGAAUGACAACAAAAAAUCCACAAAAAAGAGAUUAAUUUUUUCAAAUAAAAACUUUGACAUUAAAAUCAAAAAAGUCUUUUCUUUGGUUGCUUUGAUCACAAAAGAUCCACUAAAACGAUGGCUAAGUUAUUAUCGGUUUUCAGAGUUAUUAAUCGUUCUUCGCAAAAGACAUCGACUCACACUUGGAAACGAUUUCAAUACAAUAGAGUCAAAAGAUUUGUGGGAAGUCUUCAAUGGUUUCAUAUACCCAUUUCAAUGGUCUUCACUUACAUUGCUUUCCAACAGUUCCGACGGUAUAAAACUAAAGACAGCCAGAAGUCAAUAGCUGAUGAAAAUGUCGGCUCAAAACCUACUUAUAUUGCAUCGAUAUCAAUGUAUAAAAUGCUUCCAUUGAGGACAGUGUCCCGGAUCUGGGGUUGGAUUAACUCCAUAGAGUUGCCAGUGAUUAUGAGAAGUCCUAUAUUGACAUCAUAUGUUAAAGCUUUUGGUGUCAAUUUGGAGGAAGCAUUUAUCGACGAUUUGAGACAAUACAAGAAUUUAGGCGAAUUCUUUAGACGUCCCCUCAAACCUGGUGUCCGUCCCAUUGAUACGUCCAACGGAAUCGUGAGUCCUUCAGACGGAACUAUAUUAUACUUUGGCAAAGCAACUGAUGAUACGGUAGAAGAAGUAAAAGGAGUUACGUAUUCAUUGCCACAAUUUUUAGGUCCACAGAAUUGGAGUCAUAAACAUAAAACUAAUAUUAAUAAUAAUAAUAAAGAUUAUCGAAAGUCAUUGUUAAUAAAUAAUAAAAAUCAAGAUUCAGAACUAUAUCAUUGUGUUAUAUACUUAGCACCGGGAGAUUAUCAUAGAUUUCACUCACCAAUUGAGUGGCAAAUCAAAUAUAGGCGACACUUUCCGGGAAAACUUUUAAGUGUGAGACCAACAGUGGUUUCUUGGUUUCCCAAUCUGUUUAAUCUUAAUGAAAGAGUCAGUUAUAUCGGCAAAUGGAAGUACGGCUUCUUCUCGAUGACAGCCGUUGGCGCCACUAAUGUCGGAUCAGUUAAAGUGUAUUUUGAUGAUGCAUUGGCCACCAACCGAAUGUUGGGUCGUAUGAGACAACAUUUCAAUGAUUUUAAACUGAAAAAAGCUAAACAUCUGGAAAAAGGCGAUCCGUUCGGUGAAUUCAAUUUGGGAUCAACUAUUGUCCUCGUAUUUGAAGCGCCGAAACAUAUGAAAUUUGAGAUACAAAGCGGACAAAAGAUUAAAUACGGACAACUAAUUACCCGAUGUGAUGAACACAAUCAUAAUAAAAGCACAUCUAAAUGAGCUUAACAUUUGUAUUGAUAUUGAUUUAUAGGGUAUGACUUUAUAGUCUACUAAAUGUGUGAUUAGUUAUGCCUUGUUUUAAUUUUA